AUGAGAGGCAACACGAACACGGGCUUCACCUCCUACCUCAAUACCAAUGGGCUGCCAGUGCCGGCUCUCUCGGCGGAGCUGGUGAUGGCGCACGAGUUAGGCCACAGCUAUGGUUCUUUACAUGACCCCGACACGCCUCUAUGCUCGCCAGAGAACGAGCGUGGAGGCGUCUAUCUACUCAACAAGUACGCUGUCUCCGGCAUGAUGCCCAACCACUAUAAAUUCUCGCCUUGCUCCCUGAAUCGCAUGAACGCAUGCAUCUUCAACUUCGGGCACUGCUUUUUGCCGGACAAGCCAGGGGAGAAGCUGUGUGGCAACCUGCGCCUCGACGAGAACGAGGAGUGCGACCCGGGCGGGGCGGGUCCCCAAACUUGGGACUCCUGUUGCCGCCACAACUGCCAUCUCCGUCCUGGCGCCAAAUGCUCGCCCAUGAAUCAUGCCUGCUGCACUAAUGAUAAAGGCUUCUGCACAGGCAACUCGGGCACAUGUCCAGGCCCUCGUAAACUCUCCAACAAGAAGUGCUACCAACAUGGUAUCUGCCUUAAGGGCAGGUGCAUCGACUUUUGCACGCGAAUUGGACUGAAACCUUGUCAGUGCGACGAGCCCUAUUCAUGUAAAGUCUGCUGCCUCCUCAAGUUAGCCGUAGAUCCAACAUGGAGGUACGCAAGUGGGAAUUUCUCCACCGUCUGCCGCCCAAUCCUCGCUGUGGUGAGCCACAACGCCUCUCGAGCCCUCGAAUUCGGCAACUUCUCGGCGCCCCACCGAAAGGACCUCAUCCUUGCAUUGACACGAGUUGAGAUGCGUGCUAACUUUGGUGCUUAUGGGGACAUGGUGAAGGAGCUGCAUUACGCUAUCGCUAGCGAUCAGAUGGUCGACAGUCCCAACCCCAAGGGCCUCGCCAUCCUAUUCCUGGACGAUGUCACACCCUGCCCCAAUGGACGAUGUAAACGGGGAAAGUGCUUCAAGCUGAUCGGUCCAAAGGACGCUAGUUUUAGUGGUAUUGUAGACCUACUUGGUGGCGAGUCUCUCUAUCGGAAAAUGCGACACAGGCGUGGACUGCCGCCCGCUAAAAGAUUUUGUGGUCUUCAUUUUGUUGCCGAUUAUAGUUUCUUUGCUCAUGUGGGAAGUCAUGACUACGCGAAAACCGUGGACAUCAUCGUGAAGGCGUUCAAUAGAGUAAACGAAAUUUUUAUGUCUACCGAAUUUAUUGAUGUUGAGAACGGAAAUGAUUCACAACGUGGUUACGGAUUCUACAUAAAGGGCAUAUCAAUCGAAACAGGUCCUACUCCUGCCUCUCAUGAGGUGUUCUCUGCAAAAGCUUUGCUAAGUAAUCCUUUCGGUGUUUUGGGCAUGUCAUGGAUGGCUGGUCCUUCAGUGCACCACCUAGGGGGCAUUUGCUCGUCAAUUAACUACGUGGAUGCAGGCCCAGAGGGCAAGGCGAGGAGCUCGAUAGUUUUGACACCGAACACAGGCUUCACAACUUACUGCGACUCGGAGGGCGAGCAAGUGCUGAGCAGCGUGGCGGAGUUAGUGACUGCACACGAGUUGGGCCACUCCUGGGGCGCGCCACACGACCCCGACACCGCAGAGUGUACCCCCUCUGCCGAGAACGGUGGUCGCUUCCUCAUGUACACCUUCGCGGUGCCCGGCUACUCUGCCAACAACUAUGUGAGUCAUCUGCCCCCACAUUCUCUGCCCAUCGUCAUGGUGUUACUAGGCUGCUUGCGUUUCUCUCCAUGCAGUCGACGCGCAAUCGGCCGCUGUCUGGCGUCGCGAGCGGAGCUGUGCUUUGAGGAGAAACCUUUCGCUGGUCUGCCAAUGAGCCAGUGUGGCAACUCGCGCCUCGAUCCCGGUGAGGAGUGCGACCCGGGAUCGCGAGUCGGUGGGGCUCAGGGACGGGACCCCUGCUGCACUUCCAUCUGCCGACUCAAACCUGGUGCCAAAUGCUCUCCUCUCAACCAUCAAUGCUGCACUUCGGACUGUCAAUUGUUGAAGAAGGGGACUCUCUGUGCGGAGCCAGACCCAACCGUCUCGCCUUGCCUGUCUGCGGGUCACUGUGAUGGUAAGUCGCCAGUCUGUCCGGGCCCUCUGCCUGUAUCCGACGUGGGCCGUCGAUGCUAUGAGCACGGGCACUGUCUCAACGGCGUCUGUCUGCCCUUCUGCUCCCGCCUCGGCCUUCGUACCUGCAUUUGUGACAAAGCUGAUGACUCCUGCUUGAUUUGCUGCUCCUUCGACCUUGAAACAGCUAAUGAGGAGCGGCGAUCCAUGUGCCAACCAAUAGUUGCUUUAGCUUCAUCGUCGUUGGUAUCGGAGAGCACUCCAUUACAGGCCGGUUCGUGGAGGCUCUACCAGCUGCCUUUUCCAACGAGGAAUGUUAGCGGAAGUGAGGAAAAGUACUUUUUUAUGGCUGGAAUGGAUGUAGAAGUGCCAGGAGGGUAUGAAAUAAGUUAUACGAUGGCGGGAAAUACUUCGGAGCUGGUGAAAAUGCAUCUGGAGGACAAUCGACCCUGUGCAGUGGGGUUUUGUCGGAGCGGUGUUUGCGUGGAAUCGAAAACGCAAGGUGUGGGACGGUUGUGGCCUCUAUUUCUUUCAACCGAGACAAUGACCACCCUCCUGUGGGAUAAUAUUGUAAGCGUCAUUGUCACCCUAUCUUUGAUCGUGUGGAUUCCUCUGAGCUGCAUCGUCCGGCUAUACGAUAAGAAGCUAAGGGAGGCCCAGCUCAAUGCGGCUAAAAUUGCCACCCAAGCAGCAGGACUCGCACCGGGAACGGCGCCUAGUAGCCAUGUGGCACCGAGCGACCUGAGGUCGACCACUGCAGUGCAUCAAGACAACUGA